CUGGAGAGCCUCCAUUCAGGCUGCACCCUGAGAUGCUCCUGUGUCCCUGGGGUGACUGAAGAUUUGAAGUCAUGGCUGGAAAACCCAAACUUUACUACUUUAAUGGGAGAGGCAAAAUGGAAUUGAUUUGCUGGUUGUUAGCAGCUGCUGGGGUUGAGUUUGAAAAAGAAUUUUUGGAAAAAAGGAAACAAUAUGAGAAGCUCUUACAAGAUGGAUUUCUGCUCUUUCAACAAGUGCCCUUGGUGGAAAUUGAUGGGAUGCAGAUGGUGCAGACCAGAGCAAUUCUCAGCUAUAUAGCAGCAAAAUACAAACUCUAUGGAAAGGACCUGAAGUAGAGAGCAAUGAUUGACAUGUAUGUGGAAGGAACAACUGACCUAAUGGGGUUAAUUUUAAUGUGCCAUUUCUUAUCAGCUGAGAAUAAGGAGAAGCAGCACACUGUAAUAAUUGAAAAGGCCACAAACAGAUACUUCCCAGCCUAUGAAAAGAUCUUAAAAGACCACGGACAGGAUUUUCUUGUUGGCAAUCAAUUCAGCUGGGCGGAUGUUCAUCUGCUUGAAGCCAUUUUAAUGGUAGAAGAGAAGAAGUCCAGUGUUAUCUCGGAGUUCCCUCAGUUACAGGCUUUUAAAGCAAGAAAAAGCAACAUCCCCACAGUUAAGAAAUUUCUGGAGCCUGGCAGCCAGAGGAAACCUGUCCCUAAUGAUAAAUAUAUGGAGACUGAAGAAAGUCCUCCGAAUGAACUUUUAAUGUGUAAGCAAAUUAAUGUGGCUGGUUAAAAUAGCACUGAGGAGCUCAGUUCUAGCAAAUACUCACACUUAAACUGCUUAGAAUGUACAUGUGCUGGUAAGCUACAGAUAAAGGUAUAUCACACUUGAAUGGAAGAGCUAACUGAAAAAUAUGUGAUGCUAGAGAGGUGGAUAACAAAUAGAAAACACGAUGUACAAAUAUUAAUUACUAUGCUACUUGU